AUGGCUUCGGAGGCCGGAGAGGCUGAUCAGGACGAAAGCGUUGAUGAAGAGGAGUCAACUCUUGUCAGCAAUGGCAAGCCCGAGCCCGAGAACGGGGAAGAGGGGGAAGCUUCCGAGGAAGAGGAGGAUGAAGAACCACGUCUGAAGUACGCACCCUUGACGCAACACCUGAAGCCAGUAUACCGGAAUGGCGAUGCUACAAGCGCCUUUCUGGUUACAGGCGACAAGAUGAUCAUAGGCACGCACAAUGGGAACAUACAUGUGCUGUCUGUGCCCUCGCUGAAGGCCAUACGGGUCUACCACGCCCACACAGCAUCUGUCUCCGGCCUCUCCAUAUCUCCGUUCCCUCCACCAUUGGCAGCUACAAAAUUAGACGCCGUGAACAGGGUCGCUUCUGAGCAUAGAGGGUCUCCUAGGCCUUCAACGCCAAAAGUAAACCAUGAUUCGCCCUCCUCAAGGACCCCGCAGCAACAGCCUGUCCCACUCACGCCUUCGAAUAUGAUAUACAUCGCGUCUUCUUCCAUAGAUGGAAACGUGUGUGUUGCAUCAUUGACUGAUUCCAAGGAUGUUCAGUUACGGAACUUUGGCCGCCCAGUUCAGACCGUGUCCCUGUCUCCUGACUACAGAGCUGAUCGAUCUUACCUAUCCGGCGGCAUGGCUGGCAAUCUGGUGUUGACAGUGGGAGGACGGUCGGGGACUAGUUCUACUUCGACGACUACCGGCAGUGCCGCAGCCUCAGCUUCAGGUUGGCUUGGCGUAAUAGGCCUAGGAGCCAACACCGGGAGAGAUCAGGUCCUGCAUUCUGGAGAGGGAGCUAUAAGCACAAUCAAAUGGUCCCUAUCUGGAAAACACAUCGUAUGGGUCAACGAACAAGGUAUCAAGAUCAUGCGUUCGAACUUGCAUCUCGAGACUGGAGAAAGUGAAUUCGCGUGGAAAAGGAUCAGCCAUACUGACCACCCAAAUCGCCCGGGCUGGGAUGAAAUGGCAGGCAUUUGGAAAGCACAUGUCGAGUGGAUAGAUGAAGCGGGCCUUGAGUCUGAUGACGGAUAUUCUCCAUCCAAUGGCUCUCUGGAGAAGUCUCGGGACCCGCCAGAUCUUGAGCGUCUAAAGGCACCGCAGAAAAGCAGACGUAUUGAGAAGCUGGUAGUAGGAUGGUCCGGCACCAUAUGGAUCAUUAACGUGCACCCUGGAGGGGCCGGCGUUGGAAAAGAUGUUGGUGAACGCAAGAUAGGACGAGCGGAGGUUGUCACAAUUUUACGAAUUGACUGUAUAAUAUCUGGAAUUUCGCUAUAUACCCCAAAUUUGCUUCUUGUACUUGCAUAUAUCACACCAGAAGAGGAUGUCUCUUCUAAUCCCACAGACACGAAACCGGGAAGGCAUCGGCGCAAAACUGCGCUCCAACCUGAGAUGAGGAUCAUCGACAUCACAACCAAAGAGGAAGUCAGCGUGGCUGACACGCUGAACAUGAGCCGUUUUGAAAGCCUGUCAGCAACUGAUUAUCAUCUGGGUGUUCUUCCCGCAAUGCGCUUUUCUAGCAAGGCCGCGACACAAAGGGGUGCAUUCGAAGCUAUCGGUGGCGGCAUCGAAGCCAUUGGAGGUGGUAUCUGGGAUGCUACCAUGUAUCCAGCUCGACUCUUCAGCAGCUCUGUAAGCGUUCGUAGCGGUGGCAGUCCAGGAUCAAGUGUUAAGGCUGCUAGCGAUGCAGAUACCAAGGCCAGUCUUACUUCGGCCCAAAUUAGCGAGAUGCCCAACCCAGCUACUUUGGCACAUGGGAUGAAAAUCUUCAUACAUAGUCCUUACGACUGUGUCAUUGCGACAAAGCCCUCACUCUCCGAUCAUCUCUCAUGGCUUGAUUGUCAUGGCUUGUAUGAAGACGCUUGGAACUUGCUAGAUCGGAGUCCAGAAGCAGUCCAUGGCCAGUCUGACAAAGCUUCAGACAGCCCUUCAAGCACACCAACCAAAGCGCAAGGCAGCCUCGUCGAAUUCUUUGCGGAUGACAGCUCUCAGACUACUCUCUCAGGCCUGCGCAAUCCUAACUCGCAAGCUGAAAAAGAGAAGCGCCGCAUUGGCGAUCAAUGGGUACAGCAGCUGAUAUCGAAAGAAGACUGGAGUAGAGCCGCGCGGAUUUGUGGCCAGGUUCUGAACACCUCAUCCAGCUGGGAGCAUUGGGUGUGGGUUUUUGCCCAAGCCAACAAAUACGAAGAGAUCACCCCAUACAUACCGACUGCACAACUUCGGCCUCCACUACCUUCCCUCGUCUAUGAGCUCAUGCUGGGCCACUAUGUCCAGACGGAUCGACUACGCCUCAGAGAGCUGCUCGAAAGAUGGCCUCCGGAUUUGUUCGAUGCUGGGGUAAUGAUCGAAGCCAUCGAAAGCAAGCUCAAAGCAGGCGACGUCCGCGAGGAUUCUAGUGAAGACGGUGAAACAGGGCGAGACUGGCGUAUCCUCAUGGACGGUCUCGCAAAGCUCUACCUCGCCAACGGCCAAACCAGGAAAGCUUUGUCCUGCCACAUCCGCCUUCAAGACGCAGAUGCAACCAUGUCUCUCAUAGCUGAAUACCACUUAGUCUCGGCAGUCUCGGAGGACAUUCCGGGCUUCAUCCUUCUCCGUGUCAGCAAAUCUCAACAGAGAUCCGCCCCACUCUCUUACCUCUCCAUCGCAACGCUCGAACCUAUCCGCCUCCUCGUCGCUGAAGCCCAUCAUGGCAUCGUGCAACCCGAGACCGUUAUUCAGCAACUCGAAAAGCGCUACGGCAUGCCGAAUCCCUACCUCUUCUUCUACUUCCGCGCUCUCUGGACUGGGGAUACUGCCCAAGAUGCCCAGGAGACCGCUAUCCCCAAAGCAGCAACAGAAGAGCGCCUACUCGCCAUCGAAGGCAAAACCCUCGUCUCCGAUCACGCCGACACCGCGGUCCACCUUUUCGCUGAAUACGACCGCCCGCUCCUAAUAGAAUUUCUCAAGUCCUCUCAGUCGUACGAUCUAGCGCUCGCCUCCAAAAUGUGUGAAGAGCGCAAAUACAUACCCGAGCUUGUCUACCUCUUAUCCAAAGAAGGGCGUACCACCAAAGCUUUGCGUUUGAUCAUCGAAUCCCUAAACGAUGUAUCCCAAGCCAUAUCCUUCGCCAAAGAACAGAAUGAUGCUAGUCUCUGGGACGACCUCCUCGACUACAGCAUGAAUAAACCUCGCUUCAUCCGUGGCCUACUUGAAGAAGUCGGCACCAGCAUUGACCCACUCAAGCUCGUCAAGCGCAUACCUCUAGGCUUGGAAAUUGAAGGCCUGAGAGAAGGCUUGGGCAGGAUGCUGAGGGAGUACGAGGUACAAGAAAGUAUCAGUGAAGGUGUAGCCAGAGUUCUACGGGGAGAAGUCAACGCCGCUAUGCAGCAGCGAGGAAGAGGACAGAGGAUGGGCGUGCGCUUUGAUGUUGCGAAACCUCACCAUGACGAGUCUUCCGAUCAUCUUGACAGCAAGAAAUCAAAGAACCCACCAAAGAAGAUCCGGCCGGGCUAUUGUGUCGGGUGUGGAGAAAUGAUCACUGAGCACGACAAAGACAUCCUAAUCGCCUUCCCCUGCACCCACAUCUUCCAUCUCCCCUGCCUGCUCAGAUACGAGAAAUCCGACGCUGAACUCCCAGACGUGCUCUCCACCUUCGGCACCCUCGACUCCGAAGACGAAGCUGGCUAUGACAGGAGUAUAGGGCCGAAGGUAGAUCACGCUGCGUUAUUGCGGACGGUGGUUGGGGAAGGCUGUCCGGUGGCGGAGCAUCAUAUGGAUGAUGGAGUGGGCUGA